AUGACUCAAGAAAUGGAACAAUUCGACGUCGCCGUCGUUGGACUCGGCGUCCUUGGAAGCGGUGCAGCCUACUACGCAGCCCAGAAAGGCGCAAAAGUGAUUGGAUUCGAACAAUUCGAGCUCGGUCACGUCCGUGGGGCUUCUCACGACACCUCCCGCAUCGUCCGAACCUCAAAUUUUGCACCUGAAUACGUGGCACUUGCCAAAUCAGCCUACAAGGACUGGGCCGAACUAGAGAAUGUGACCGGGUAUAAGAUGUUAACGACGACCGGUGGGGUUGUUUUCUUCGCACCGGACUCACCUGUUCCUGCGAGCGAUUUUACGAAAAGUCUCGCUGCUCUGAAUGUGCCUUAUGAAACACUCGAUGCGCAAGAGGUCAAGAAGCGCUGGCCUCAGUUUGAUAUUGCCGAUGACGUUGUCACUGUUUAUACGGCUGAUUCGGGCAUUGCUCAUGCCAAUAAGACUGUCAGCACAUUGCAAUCCCUGGCGCGAUCUCAUGGUGCUGUUUUGAAGGACAAUACGCCUGUUCAGCGUGUGACACCUCAGAAGUCGGGUGGUGUUGUUAUUGAGACGCCGAAGGGACGAUUCAGGGUUAAGAAGGUGAUUCUCACUACGGAUGCGUGGAUCAAUAAGCUUCUUGCGCCUCUCUCCGUGCAUAUUCCUGUCUCUGUUAUGCAAGAGCAGGUCACUUAUUAUAAGCCUACCGAUCCAUCUGCCUAUGAGACGGAUAAACUUCCUGUAUGGAUCUGGCAGGGGACUCAUUGUUUCUAUGGGUUUCCUAGCUAUGGCGAGCCGACUAUUAAAGCGGGUCGCGAUUAUUCCAACAACUUUAUGAGUCCUGAGGAGCGGACUUUCGUGCACUCGCCACAGUUACUCGAACAGCUCACGACUUUUAUGGAUGGUUUCAUGCCAGAUAAGGAGCGCACUCCGCUUCGCACGAUUACUUGCCAAUAUACGAUCACUCCCGACCGGAAUUUUAUUAUCAGCCCACUCGAGAGGGAUCCUGAUAUCAUUGUUGGUCUGGGUGCGGCUCAUGCUUUCAAGUUUGCACCUGCGUUUGGUCGUGUUUUGGCUGAGUUGGCUGUCGAUGGUAAGACCAAUGAGGAUAUCUCGAAAUGGGGGAUCCCCAAGGCUGCAACACUCAACAGCAAGCUUUGA